UUUUCUCCUCUUUUCUUCCAUUCUUCCAGGUAUUUAAUGGACUACUGUUCCUCGGUUUAUGAUCUGAGAGUAACUGCAGUCGUGAUAUCACCACUUCAAGAUCACUGUCAGAAGGUUUAAAGUGUUUACAGUUUAAGAAAGGCUUAAUUUUUAGGUGUAUUGGAACUGUAAUUAUAUUGCACACAAAGGGACUCUUAUUUUGAAAGAGCGACAGACUGACGUCAUUUUUGAGGAAGCGCUCCAGCUGCAUCACACAGUUCAAUGACAGGAGAUCAUCGGGACUACACGUGCCUUUUUUCCUGCUAGGUAUUUUUUUUAGGUAUUAUUGGUCAAUAAUGGCAUAGAUAUUUACAUGUGAGUUUCUUCUUUCUUUUGACUAUAUAUAUAAUAAUUCGUUUAUUUAAUUAUUUAUUUUUAAAAUGAAUGAAACUACGAAGCAAGGAGGAUGCACACGCACUCUUGCAUUAACUGUGUGCUCUGCAGCCAUUGGUGGCACUUUUCAGUAUGGCUAUAAUAUUUCUAUCAUCAAUGCGCCCACAUCUUAUGUUCAGAAGUUCAUCAAUGAGACCUGUAAUGAGAGAUGGGGUACAGCUCUUGAGCCUAGUCAGGUGACACUGAUAUGGACCUUUAUUGUUUCCACUUACUCACUCGGGGGGCUUUUGGGAUCCCUGCUUGCGGGCCCAAUGGCUAUUAAGUUUGGACGAAAGGGUUCCCUGCUGCUGAACAACACCUUCCUCUUUCUGAGUGCAGUCCUGGCUCUGAGCAGUCGCUCGGCUGGCUCCUUCGAGAUGAUCCUUCUGGCACGUCUGCUUGUGGGGGUAAAUGCUGGCGUUAGCAUGAACGUCCAGCCCAUGUACUUCGGAGAAAGUGCACCUAAGAACCUGAGAGGUGCCGUUGCCUUUUCGUCGGCUGUUUUCACCGCUCUCGGGAUCCUAAUGGGCCAGAUAAUGGGUCUGACUGAAGUAUUGGGGAGUGAGUCUCUCUGGCCUUAUCUACUGGCAAGCAAUGCUCUCCCCGGACUAGUACAGCUGAUCACCUUGCCCUGGUUUCCAGAGAGCCCGCGUUACUUGCUCAUUGACCGAGGGGACAGAGAGGCGUGCGGCCAGGCCCUGAGACGCCUCCGAGCGUGCAGUGUUUUCACCGAAGAGAUGGAGGAGAUUCUCCAGGAGCAGGCCGGAGCGGGCGAUGCCCAUGCCAAGACACUGUGGGAACUGAUCCGAGACAGAAGUCUUCGCAGGCCGCUCUGCCUUGUAAUGGUUGCCAGCAGUGCCAUGAUGCUGUGUGGCAAUGAUUCGAUUUACUUCUACGCCUCCUAUAUCUUUCAGGAAGCCGGCAUUCCAACGGACAAGAUUCAGUACAUCACAAUCGGCACGGGUGCCUGUGAGUUCACUUCCGCUUUGGUCUGUAAUCUACUGAUCGAGCGUGUUGGACGCAGGCUGCUCCUCGCAGGCGGGUAUCUGUUCAUGGCUUGCUGGGCGGUGGUCUUCACGGUUGCUCUCUCGCUGGAGGGCAAAGUGGCCGGCAUGCCGUAUCUGAGUAUGGCCUGCGUGUUCGCCUACAUCUUGAGUUUUGGCAUGGGUCCCGCAGGAGUCACCGGGAUCCUCCCAGCCGAGCUCUUUGACCAGCUGACACGUCCCGCAGCUUACAUGGUUGCCGGAUCCAUGAUGUGGCUUAAUCUCUUCGUCGUAGGAAUGGCCUUUCCAUUCAUAGUUAACGGCCUGGGACAGUUCUGCUUCCUUCCCUUCGGCGCUGUUUGUGUGGCCUCAUGUCUUUUUAUCAGUUUCACUUUACCUGAAACCAAAGGGAGGACACUGGCCGAGAUCACUGAGGAGUGGAAUAAGAAAGACACAGCUAAUGGACGUCCGAAAUAUAGUCAACAAUCGCAAAGUCCGACCGAUCCACCAGAAUGCCUAGAGAUUGAGAAGAUCUGAGUGAAAUCUGGCUCAGUUCUGCUUUCACUUUUAUGAGUUUGACAAUGUAAUUCUUUUCAACUUGUUUCUAUUUUGACACUAAUUUUUGUCUUAAUUUAUUCGUAAUUUAUUCAAAAUUAUUGAGAAUAUUGAACUAUAUGAAACCUGCAUGAAUACAAAAAAAAAAAAUACAAGUUGCUGUACAAUUUAUUAUAGUUCCUAAUUGAAUGUUGAAAAUCAGCUAGAAAUACAAUACAUGCAAUUGUAAAAAACAGAAGAGUUGCAUGUUGGAAAUGUAUGUAGAAUUUGAUACUCUAUUUCAGGGAUACGGUUUUUUUUGUUGUUUGGUUGUUUUUAUUGUUUUACUAUUUCCCAGAAUACUUGAAUCUUUAUGCCUGCAAAAGUGAAAUGCAAUUUGCACUUAUAUAUUUACCUCAUUCUGUGUCUCCAAUGUAAUAUUGUUCCUUAUUUAUAGAGUUACUUCUUUUGAAAGCCAAACCCAAAGAUCAGUGCACUUUAUUACCCUGCUGUCUUGCAUUUGUCGGAGAUAAAGACAGUAUGAGAUCCCUGUAUGAGAGAUUGCAAGUUAUUUGCUUGUUGUACCAGCAGAUGGCACUAUAUCACCAUCAUUGUUUUCUUCUGUCUGUCUGUCUUCUCAAUCAACCGAAACAAAAACGUUCACAGCAUGCCAUUAUGUUUAGGUGUAAAAGAAGACAAUCAGUUUCAACACAAAGUAACCUUCAUUUGUGCCUUAGAGUUUCACAUAUUUUCUGCCUACUAACCUGCCUAUGUAAUCUAAGUAAUAUAACCUAUAUUCAACCAAAUGAAAUGGAAUAUUCUAUCUUUUGAAUUGCAUGAUGGUUAAUCAUUUGUCCUAAAUCAUAUCAUUUAUGUGUAAGAACUUUGUUAAAUCAAAAUGCUGUUUUUAUGAGGGUAUAUUCUACUCAGUUUGUAGCUAGUAAAAAAAAAAUAAGUGGCUUGA